UCAACACUUGGCUGCGUGGUGCAGCACAUGUACUGUAGAACAACUAGAACAAUAUGCGUGAGCACUCUCAUUUCUCCACGGAUGUCAGUAUGAGCAAAAUAAUUUAAAUGAUGUUGUACGUAUCAUUCACGUAUUCUAAGUAGAAAUAAUUUAUGUUCUUAAUAAGUUCAUGCUAAAAUAUAAUUAUUAUGAAUGUUUUUACAUUAAUAAUUAGCGUAUUGUUAUUUAUUGAAUUAUCAAAUUGUACGUUGUCACCACCCAAAGAUAGAAAUAACAAGAAAAGUAAAGGAAAAAUUGAAAUUAAGAAAGGUCCCGUGGGACAAGAUGUAUUUAGCCGAAUCUUAGUGGUAAAAAACCCUAAGACACAUGAUAUUAUUCGAGAAUCGGGAUUUUAUUUUUCUAAUACAACUCGUAGACGAUUCACAGGAGAAGUUUUAGGAUAUAUUACACCGUGGAAUAAUAAUGGAAUUGAGGUUUCCAAAAUAUUUCAUGGAAAAUUUACAAUGGUAUCGCCAGUAUGGUUGGCAUUUCCAGAAGGCAACGCAUCGACAUAUAAAUUAUCAACCCAUGAUGUUCAGAAGAAAUGGCUGAAGGAAAUGAAAGCAACAAAUAAUGAAAAUCAUUAUGUAAAAAUUUUACCAAGAGUAUUGUUUGAACAUUGGUCAGUCAGUGAUAUUGUUGGAUUAUAUAGUGAUACGCAUAAACAAACUACGCUAAUUUCAGCACUUGUGGAUACAGCGAAGAAUUUCCACUUUGACGGGUACGUAUUGGAGAUAUGGAACCAGUUUGUAUUAACAGGUGUAGAUACACAGAUUGUUGUAGCAUUGAUCCAGUUUAUUGCUCAUCAAUUGAAGAACAAUAAUUUGGAUACAAUUUUAGCAGUGCCACCUUCAAGAGGCCCAAAUGUGCAAUUAUUUAACAAAGAUCAAUUUGAUCAAUUAUCGCCAUAUUUAAAAGCAUUCUCUUUAAUGACUUAUGACUAUUCAAGUAUUCAACGACCUGGUCCUAAUAGCCCACUUGAUUGGGCGAGGGAAUGUGUAGAAUUAUUAGUACCUGAGAUAGGCCCUAAAAGGGCUCAAAUAUUGUUAGGCCUUAAUCUAUAUGGAUACAAUUACACACCUGAAGGUGGGGGAGCCAUCCUGGGUUCAGAUUACCUGAAAAUUCUCGAAUCCUUUAAGGGGAAAAUUCAAUGGGACGAUAACAGCAAAGAACACUUUUUUGAAUCAAAGGAUGUAUUUCAGGUCAUCAGGGGGCAGUGGAAUUAUCUUUUAUCCCACAUUAUAUUCUAUUUUACAUCGACUGGAUCUUGCAGCAGAGUUGGGUACAGGUAUAUCUAUAUGGGAACUUGGUCAGGGGUUACAUUAUUUUUACGAUUUAUUGUGAACUUGUUUUACAUUAUAUUACAAAUAUACGUGACAUUUAAAAAUUAAAGAAAGUCACCGAAAAUAAUUUACAAAUAAAUAUUCAGACUUGGUAUUAAUGAAUGAAAUUCGUGUCAUGCUAAUCUCUACUUAACACAAAUACGGUUGAAUUUCUAUAUAUUAAUGUACAGUUUCUUUGAGCAUUA